AUGGCGGACGAUGCUUCCAGCAGUAGCGGUUGCGCCGGCAAUUUAAUAGAUAACUCAAUAAAUCAAGAUGAGUUGAUUAUGAAACAACAGCGUGAGAUAGAGAAAGAGAUAUCGGAAACGAUACCGCUUGUAGGCGAACUUGAAGCAUUGUCGUCGUUAGAAAAAGAAUAUAACGAGGAUCCCGUGUACCUGUUAAAAGUAAAAGAUUUGUCCUCUAAAUAUAAGUAUAUUAGGAGAACGCGACCGGACGGCAACUGUUUCUUCCGAGCGUUCUCAUAUGCGUAUUUAGAACAUCUAUUGACGGAUAAGAGUGAAUUCGAUAAGUUUUAUGAAAUAGCGAAGAAUUCCAAGGAGAUUCUUGUCGCCUUAGGUUUCUCACAGUUCACAGUGGAAGACUUUUACGAAACGUUUAUGGAAGUGGUGCAGCGGGUUGGGGAGCAAGCAGGAGGGUCACCAGACUCUCUAGAGUCAGUGAGAGCCGAGUUGCAUGACAAGUUCAACAAACAGGGCUACUCGGACUAUAUAGUGGUGUACCUGCGUCUUGUCACAUCGGGACAGUUGCAGACAGAGAAUGAUUUCUAUCAGAACUUCAUUGAGGGACCACGCACUGUGACUGAGUUCUGUAGACAGGAAGUGGAACCAAUGUACAAGGAGUCUGAUCAUAUUCACAUAAUAGCACUGAGCAAUGCACUGAAUGUUGGUGUCAGAGUGAAAUACAUGGACCGCGGCGAGGGAAGUCAGGUUAGUAAGGUCAUAGCACACGACUUCCCCGAGGGCUCGAAGCCACUGGUGCACUUGCUGUAUCGCCCCGGGCACUACGAUAUACUGUACGCGUGA